UUUCGACUGUAUAGCAUAACAAACAUUGUCGUCUGAUGUUAUAUCGUUAGACAUUUUUUUUAUACAUUUUUAAUCAAAUAUAAAGAUUUAUUUUUAAUUCGAGAGCCGUUGGAUAUCAAAUAUAUAAAGUUUGUUGUACUUUUUGCAUAAGUAUGAGCGGACAGGCGAAACGUAGAGCCGCAACGAAUACCAUCGAUUCGGCCACUUUAACGGUCAAUGAAAAGAUUCUUAAAGAAUGUCACAAGUUAUAUACAGAUCCAGAAAAAGGACUUGUGAAAAUCGCCGCUUCGCUGGGGAUUCGGCUCCUGGCGCCCAGGAAGAAGGUCACCGUCCUCCUGAUAGGAAACCAUUCGGCCGGCAAGAGCACCUUCGUCAACUGGUACAUAGAAGAACACAUUCAGAAAACUGGCGUGGCCAUUGAAACUCAGGGAUUUACCAUCGUCACCAGCGGAAAGAAAAGGGAAUCGCUCACGGGAAAUGCCACACUGCAUCUCUAUCCGUAUUUUACUCCACUGCAAAAGAUUAAAGGUCUGACGGACUAUCUGACGACCGAGAUAUCGACUUCGAAACAGAAAAAGUUUAGCCUGGUGACAUUUGUCGACACUCCGGGUCUGGUGGAUGGUGACAUGAAGUACCCGUUUGAUGUCAAUCAAGCCAUUUUAUUUUUAGGCGAGGUGGCGGAUUUAAUUUUUGUUUUCUUCGAUCCAAUCGGACAGGCGCUAUGCAAAAGGACUCUGAAUCUUGUCGAGAAACUGAAUGCAAAACACAGCGACCGCAUCAGAAUGUAUUUAAGUAAGGCGGACGAAGCCGGACAUGAAAGCGAUCGUCAGAAAGUGUUAAUGCAGAUCGUUCAAGAACUUUGUAAACGUCCCGGUUUAAACAAGUGCGGUUUCGAUUUGCCAACCAUCUACGUGCCUCAUUCGAACAAUCCGAGCAGAUGCGUUAACAGAAUUGAAGAAGUGUGUAAAGAGAUCGACAGGACCAUCAAUUUGACAAUACAGAACACCCUAAACUCUCUCGAAUACGACUGUGAACGCAUCGCCUCCGCAAUAUACGAUUCCAUUUUUCGUGACGAACAGUCAAAACGGGAGAAUUUUCGUGCCAGCGGAAAAGGAAUACUGCUCGCCAUGCUGGGCAUCGUUCUGCCGCUUCUGUUCGUCUUGAAUUUCCUCACCGGUAACGUUUCAAGCUACGUCUUGGGGGAGAACCUGUCCGAAAUAAUUCGGCUGUACACGCCGAACGUGGGUGCGCUGUGGAAGAGACUUCCUUCCGACUAUUACGUUUCGUUCCUGAUUGCGGUCUCCAUAAUUUCUGUCCUAUUUCUGAUCCUGGCAAAGUGGUAUUUCAGACUGAAGCCCACCCUCACCAGAAAACAAAAGAGGACCCUAAUCGAAACUAAGGAUUACAUACAAAACUAUGUGAAGGUGAAAAAGCAACAUCUCUACCAAGAAUACCUGAUGCAGAGUGUGGCCGAUCACGAUCUGGCGUGAAAUCAAAGAUGUUAGUACAAACGUACUCAUAUUGAAAACUAUUAUAUAUAUAUAUAUAUAUUGUUAUGGUAGCCAAAUGAUGUAUAGAGACAUAAAAAUUCCUAUAAGUUUUUACAGUUUGGUGUUAUAUACUUUCAUAAUGAGAGACUAAGU